AUGAGUUCUAACCCGCAAUUGAGACGCCAGGUCAUCAACAUCUACAAGGAGCUUCUGUUCUUGGGCAGAGAAUAUCCCCUCGGCUUCGAUUACUUCCGCCCUCGGCUACACAAGGCUUUUAUUUCUAAAGCUGAAGAGCGCGACGAGGAUAAGAUUCGGCGGGGGAUAGCCCAGGCUGAAUAUGUUAAGAAAGAGAUUGAAGCUUUGUAA